CUAUGGAUUAAGACAAAGACCUUCUCACUCAAUCAUUGAUUUUUAAUAUUGCUAAUCAUAAAUAAAAAGAGCCAGAUAUCUUUGCUUUUGUAAUUGAUGGAAAGUUGACUCUUCUUGAGAGUUGGAUGCAUUAAUUCAAUAAUGUUGAGGAAAUCAUAAAUUCAAAAGAUUCUGAAGGUAAAACACCUUUAUUUUAUGCUUGGUAUUUCAAUUAUAAUAUUAAGUUAUUAUAACUUCAAAAAUAUUGUGAUGUAUUUGCUUAUGAAAGGAGCAGAUCCAUUUCUAACAUCUAAAUCAGGAUUUACUGUAUUUCAUGUUUGUGCUUAAAGAGGUAAUUUGGAAUGUCUUCAAAUACUCUUUUAAAUGUUUAAACAUAGAUAAAAUAUGGCUAAAUGGGAGGAAUUGAAAAUAACAAUGAAAAAGCAUCAAAUCAAAAAAUCAGACUCAUAAAAAGGGUAAUUGAUAAAUGCAGAUAAACAUUUAAAACAAGUCCAAUAAAGAUUCUAAUAAUUCCAAGCAGUUGUUAGCGAAUAAUAUUAACAAUUUUUGGAUUAAAAUCUACAAUAUUUUAGCAGAGUCAAUGCUACAUUAGACCAAUUUCAAAGAAAUGCUAUACAUUAUGGUAGUCUAUCCAAAUAUACUAAAUGUUUUUAAUGUAUUAGACAAUUGGCAUAAUUUGAUUUUGAAACUUAAGGAUGGGAUUUAUUUUAUGAUAUUUUUAUGGAAGUCUAAUUGUUGGUGUAAACAACAGAAAGUAAGAUUGAUCCAAGACAAUACAAACAAUAUCGUGAAACUAUAUGCAAUUUCUUAAAUUCAUAACUGCUUUAACAAAAACAAACUAAUUUGAUGAGCAAUAUUAAGAAGCUAUAAAAAGAUAUUCUUAAUUAAUAAGAUAGUGAUGGAUAUGUAAAAUUAAAUAUAAUUUAAGACACCUAUGCAUUUGGCCUCUUUUGCAGGGGACUUUGCAGCAAUUCAAUUUAUGUUGUAAUUGGGAGCAAAUCCAAAAAUAAAAUGCAAACGAAAAAUAAGAACUCCCUUGGAAUAUGCAUCAAAUGAUUCUGUGAGAAAAUACUUGAUGGAUCUAAAUAAUGCAGUUAAUGAAGGAGAUGAUAAGAGUUUUACAUUAUUAGUAAAUUGUGGGUAAAGAGUGAAUGGAAAAUCAACCAUCUAUGGGAUAACUCCUGUGCAUAAGGCAAUCGAAUAAACUUAUAAAUCAUCCAAUAAAACCAUGUUAAACAAAGUCUUAGAAAUGGAUGCUGAUGUUAAUGUAAUAGACACUAAUGGAUGGACUCCAUUACAUCAUGCUGCCUUCUAUGGGGAAUUAUGGGCAAUAACUACUUUGAUAGAAAGAGGAGCAUAUCAAUAGAUCUCAUCUAAUAAAGGAUACUAUCCAAUUCAUGUAGCAGCUCUAAACAAUUAAGCAAAGGCUGUUCAAUUGCUAAUAGAGACAGGAAUAGCCAAUUAAGAAAGUUUAGUUGAUUUUCAGGAUAACCAAAAUUGCACUCCAAUGCACUUAGCAGCCAAAAAAGGCCAUGAUUAAGUUGUUAAAGUGUUAUUUGAAACAGGAGCAAAUAUUUAUUCAGUUGAUAAAAGAGAUUGGACUCCUUUGCAUUAUGCAUCGUUUUAUCAAAAUAGAAAUGUGGUUCACUUAUUAAGCAGGUAUGAUGCGGAUGAAGAUCGGUACUGUGCUAUGAGAACAAGCAAAGGUUAAACAGCUGAUUAAAUGACCACGGAUUCAGAAGUGAAGUUUGCAUUCAAGAGUUUAAAUAAAUUCUAAAUUUAGCAUUAUGGAGUGCUGCUAGAGAUGGAGACUUAGAUACAGUUAGAAAAUUAGUGACAUUGAAUCAUCCGAUAAAUGAAUAGACCUAUGGAAAUAAAUUUACCCCUUUGAUUUUGGCCACAAGAGGGAGUCAUUUCCUUAUUGUCAAAUACCUAUUAUCAGAGAAUGCAGAUAAAACACUCAAAGACAAAUGUACUAUAAUUUCCUAAUAUAGAUGGCAAUAGUGCUUUGGAUUAUGCAGAAAAAUAGGCUAAUUAAAAGAUUAAAGAACUGUUACAAGAAUAAUAAUGA